AUGGAGGCGACUAGUGAUACGACAAAAAUCCUGGAGAAGGGUCCCGAAUACCUUCGAAAGCAAAUGGAACUGGAGAGUGAGACGAAAGGACGCUUGAGUGCUGUGGAGAGGCUCGCCGCCAGCAAACCCAAAUACGUCAAAAGCCAACAGGUGGUCAACACAAGCCAGGAGCCGGCCAUCAGUCUCGGAUCUGCUUCUGUGAGUAGCGCUGGGUUUUCUAACCAAAGCUCGGCUCUUGCCACAGUGAGCAACUCAACAGAGCAUACAGGUGCUGCACAAACGUGCUCACCGGGGCAGGCACGGCGCUCCAGCUCCAAAAAACGUCCAGACUCACUUUUACUUUACAGACAGAAGUGUGAGCUACUGAGAGGGUCAGCGAACGAUCGUAAACACCACAUAACUCGUAAACUGCUGCUUAACUCUGUGAAUAAAAAUGCUCCGCUAACUGAGGCCACGGAUACAGAAUGCGAGUCUCAGGGCAACGGGGAACAAAAACCCACACCUGAGGGAGCAGCAAAGGAAUGCAGCUCAAGUGUAGCUGCCCCUCAGUCGGAGAGGAGGUGGAAUGGAAGCACCAAGAGCAGUGGUUCUGGGAUGAAGCCGACAGCUAAUCCAUCCAGUGGCCUCCUCAAAGUUCCCGAGAUCGAAAGGAGGCCCGGCAAAGGUGUCAGUCGUUCUCACUCUGACAUCAGCUCCAGGUACUCCAAAAACUUUGCAGACUUUGACUCUUUUUUCAAGUACUGUGGGCUGGGCGGGGAGGUCAUCGAGUCUUUGGGGAGGGAGAACUUCUCUGCCCGAUCGGAUGAAAUUGCAAUAAACAUUCGGAGUGCCAGCGUGUCCACGUCGGAUGAUGGCUUCUCCAGGAACAGCGGUGACAGCAUCGGGCUACUGGAGGAUGAUUUACGGCAAAAGAUACGCCAGCGUACCUCAGUUAUUGAGCGCAAUGCACGGAUUAUCAAGUGGCUGUACAGCUGCAAAAACGCUUCAGAGACUGGAAAAAAGUUACGAGACCUCGAUUGACUACUUUUUGUUUUUCUACAGAAGAAAUGCUUUCCAUGUGUAUACAAGAUGUUUUUGUUUUAAAGAAGCUAGAGGUAAUUUUACACUUUUGGUUGUGAAGAACGUUCACUUCUGGCCUCACAUGUCUACUGUACUUCAAGUGCUGUCUACUGUGGUGCACAUGUCUGUUACAGGCUACGUGUGCAUGUGUACCAACAUGUCUGUGUCUACCUUUGUGCAAACUUAGUGUUUUUGCUUCUGUUCAAACUUGUAGAAGACUACCUGGAGGUGUUUUGUGUCCAAAUACACCCUCACAAACCACAUGGACACAAAAAUGUUGUUUCUGCAUUUUGAAAAUUGAUAUAAUUAUAGCUUUAUCUCAUCAUUAACUACAGAUGUUACAUUGUUCAAACCAGAAUUGCAAGUCAGAAUGCAGUUCUGUGUUGGAUGUGGUCAAGCCUGCAUGUAUGUGUACUUGAAGAUGCACACGACGACACACACAUCUAAAAGAAAUAUCCAAUAGAAUGCAGGAGCAUACAGCUUAAAG